UUUCCGACGCUGACAGCUUGGAAAGUGGAAGUUGGAGAUUUCCAUUCGUUGCCGGUUCUCGAAUCAGAGGGAACGAGCUGUUUUUAUUUUGUUUUGGGCGCGAUAUUGGAUCUACACUGAAUGGAGCAUGUUCUGGCUGCGGACGGUUAUUAGCCAUAAGUCUGCACAGCCACAGCCUCACCCUUCCGAUAUUUCGCCAUUGCUGACACUCCGCCGAGCAAGGUUCAGAUAAAAUAAGCAGAAAGAAACAGGCUCAAACGGCUAAAGGAUGAGCAGAAACAGAUUUCAAGAUCCUUGAGCUCGCGUCGAAGUGGCCACUGCUCGAGGGUUCACGUCGAUAUGACUAGGCAAUCAGGUAAUUCUUCUUUUCUGGAUGGGUAUCGACAUGUACCCGCUAAGGUUCUGCCAUUCCCCAGCCAGCUGGUUUACAACAGAGUUGGAAAAUGUGGAAGCCGGACUGUGGUGCAGCUACUGAGAGUCUUAACGGAGAGAAACCAUUUCAACCUCAUAAAUUCAGAUGUUCACAACAAAACCAGGCUAAAUAGAAAUGAACAGAUGGAAUUAAUAACCAAUAUCAGCCUUGGAGAACAACCUUACUUGUAUACACGGCAUGUUCAUUUCCUUAACUUUACAAGGUUUGGAUUGGAGCAACCUGUUUACAUCAAUAUAAUCAGGGAUCCGAUUAACCGAUUUGUAUCAAACUAUUUCUUCCGACGUUUUGGGGACUGGCGGUCUGAACAGAAUCAUCAAAUCCGGACACCAGGGAUGAAAGAUGAGGAGCGCUACCUGGACAUCAAUGAUUGCAUUUUAGAAAAUUACCCAGAAUGCAACAAUCCUAGGGUGUUCUACAUUAUUCCAUACUUUUGUGGGCAGCAUCCCAAAUGCAGGGACCCAGGGGAGUGGGCUCUGCAGAGAGCCAAAGAGAACAUGAAUGAGAAUUACCUGAUUGUGGGAAUUCUCGAAGAGCUGGAAGAUGUACUGCUUUUACUGGAGCGACUUUUACCUCAUUACUUCAAAGAUGCUAGUGCUGUGUAUCACAGUGCAGAGUAUAGGAAACUCGGAAAUGGGACGAUCACUGUGAAGAAACAAGUGCCCUCCCCGGAAGCACUAAAGGUGCUGUAUCAACGAAUGCGAUAUGAAUACAACUUUUAUAACUAUGUCAAGGAUCAAUUCCAUUUAUUGAAACGGAAGUUUGGCCUGAAGACUCGAGGCAGCACACCAAAUAAAAAGUAUGAGAUUUCAUCUCGGCUGGAAAUUGCAGGACCCAACCAUGAAGAUGAUGACGAUGCAUGGUUGAAAGAUAUUUACCGAUGAUAACAGUGAGCCACUUUUUUGGGGCUUGUAUGUGUCCUUUGUAUUGGACAUUUCACAAGGAACUGUAACUUGGUCAGGAGAUACUGCAGUGGUGGUCUGUUCUGGAGAUUAGAUUAACACAUUCAAAAUUGCAGUCAGUCUUUGCCAGGCAGAUGUUUGUAACUUACACUUUUCAUGCUAUUGCAUGAUUUUUAUUUUUUUAUUUCUGAUGUUUCUUUACCAACUGCUGUACCAGCAGGUGAGACACUUUCAAUUACUAUAUCUGCAUAUUAAAAUAUAUAUUGAAUGAUUUAUUUAGUUACUUGUUUAAAAAAUGUAAAGAAGAUAACACAUUAUAUCUGAGAAAGGUACUAAUCCAGUUAGACAGUAGCUCAUUUUCCUAAACUGCUGCACCUUCAGAUGGAAGAUGCCAUCCAAGGAAAUAAAAUUGAACAGGGGCAUUUAA